AUGGAAGGCGUAGGAGCAAAUGAAUCAAAAAUACGUCAUCAAACAAUAAUUCGAGUACAAUCAACGUUGAACGAAUUUGUAGCAGAGAUGGAUGCACAUAUCAUACCAAAAAUCGUUUCAGAUCAGCCAAUACAGUAUUUGAAUAUCGAAUCCUGGGAUAUUCCAAAGGAAUUAACUCUCGCUGAUCCAGAUUUUAACAAACCUGGCCGAAUAGAUUGCCUGUUAGGAGCAGAGAUCUUUUUCAAGUUACUUAUUGAAGGUCAAAUAAAACUAGCAGGUAGUCUUCCAACACUUCAGAAUUCUAUUUUUGGAUGGGUUUUAGCUGGCAAUGUUGAAACUUUAAAUUCAAGCACGGCAACUUGUGGCAUAUGCACUACUAAGGAACUAGAAGAAUCUAUAUUGAAAUUCUGGGAAUCAGAAGAAAUUCCAGAUUCAACUUCGGAACUCACAGAAGACGAAUUGCGUUGUGAGUCACAAAUUUUUUGCAACACACUUUUCGAGGAAGUGAUAGCAGAUUUGUUGUAA